AAAUCCAAAACUUCAUACCACGCAUUGAAAUUUUCAACAAUGUUUGAUAAACUACCUCCUUCAUGCAAAUUUUCUUCCUCUCUCCAAUACUAAAAGAGUCUUACCAAAUUCAUCUUCAUUAUAUCAAUCUUACAAGUUUCACCCAUGGCUUCUUUCCCUCUCUCUUCCCCACAUAAAUACUCAUUGCUAAUGCUUCUCUUUGAGAACAUCAUCAAACACUUGGGAGAAGCUUUGACAUGGCCUUUAACGAUGGUCAUAACUUGCCCCUCUUGUGUCUCUUUGUUGUUGCCAACUUCUUGAGCUUUUACCAUUGUAGGGCAGCUAAUGGUGAUGAUAAUUCUAAGCUUGGAGCGUCUUUUAUCUUUGGUGAUUCUCUAGUUGAUGCCGGAAAUAAUAACUAUUUACCCACGCUUUCUAGAGCAAAUAUUCGUCCUAAUGGGAUUGAUUUUAAAGCCUCCGGCGGAAACCCUACUGGCCGGUACACCAAUGGCAGAACCAUUGGUGAUAUUGUAGGGGAAGAACUAGGGCAACCAAACUAUGCUAUCCCAUUUCUAGCCCCAAAUUCCACUGGAAAAGCUAUACUAUAUGGUGUGAAUUAUGCUUCAGGAGGUGGAGGGAUUAUGAAUGCAACUGGAAGAAUAUUUGUGAAUAGGCUAGGAAUGGAUAUUCAAAUAGAUUAUUUCAACAUUACAAGAAAAGAGAUUGAUAAAUUGUUGGGUCCAUCCAAGGCAAGAGAUUACAUUAUGAAGAAAUCAAUUUUCUCCAUCACUGUUGGAUCAAAUGAUUUCUUAAACAAUUAUCUACUUCCAGUCCUCUCAGUUGGAGCAAGAAUUACUGAAAGUCCUGAUGCAUUCAUUGAUGAUAUGCUUAAUCAUUUAAGAGGCCAACUUACUAGACUAUAUCAAUUAGAUGCUAGAAAAUUUGUUAUUGGAAAUGUUGGGCCAAUAGGCUGCAUACCAUAUCAGAAGACUAUAAAUCAACUGAAAGAGAAUGAAUGUGUGGAGUUGGCUAAUAAAUUAGCACUUCAAUACAAUGGCAGAUUGAAAGAUUUGCUUGCUGAAUUGAAUGAUAAUCUCCCUGGAGCUACUUUUGUUCAUGCCAAUGUCUAUGAUCUUGUCAUGGAGCUCAUCACAAACUAUGACAAAUAUGGAUUUACAACAGCAACAAGGGCUUGCUGUGGAAAUGGAGGGCAAUUUGCAGGGAUAAUUCCAUGUGGACCAUCCUCAAGUAUGUGUCAAGAUAGAUCCAAGCAUGUGUUCUGGGAUCCUUACCAUCCAAGUGAAGCUGCAAAUCUUCUACUUGCCAAGCAACUGCUAGAGGGAGACAAGAGAUACAUAUCUCCUAUAAAUCUUAGGCAACUCAGAGACCUUUGAUUAUAAAAAGGUUUCUGUUUCUCUGUGUUUGAGCAGUAAUCCAAUUUCUCCUUCUUUUGUCAACAGGGUUUUGCUCUACCUAUAUGGUAAAACUUCAUUUGUUUUAAUCUCUUUAUUUUCUCUUGCAAUAUAUACAGUUUGAGAAAAUUAUCAUAA